AUGCGAAGAACAGUCGACCAGUGUCCUGCCGACAUUGUCUCAGCACCAUCAGGGUGCCCCUUGACUGAUCUCGAGUAUGCCGACGAUGUUGUUAUAUUCGCGGAAAGCAGUACGAAACUUCAACAUGUUGUCGACCUUGUAUCGAAGCUGGCUGCAGCCUAUGGACUACAUCUACGCCCUGAUAAAUGCAAGCAGAUGUGGAUCUCUUCGAGACCUCGAACGGGAAUCAGGGUGAACGGACAACCAAUUGAACUCGUCGAUGAGUUCUGUUAUCUGGGCUGA